AAAAAGAGAACGACUACUUAGGGAAUUUAAUUGUCUGGUUAAGAAUGAAAUGGUACAUUGUGCCUGUUAGAUCCAAAACCCUUUUAUGUGUGACGUCCAUUCAACAUUGAGAUAUAAAUUUUGAUUUGGUCCGUUAAACAUGAACUCUAAAGCAACCAUUUCCAUGAAUCUGAAUUAUCAAAGUUAUCCACUUUACUUCAUUCACCUUAAUUGCAACCGUUUUGUUGGACUUGACCCGUGUGGUUAGAAGUGAAGUUUGUUUGUGCCGUCGUGAAACAAACGGUUUCCAACUUCAUCAUAGUUGAAAAUUAAACUAAAGAGGAGUUUGAAAAUUUGGCUUUUCUUGUGGGGCAAAUAAGGACCGGUACGGAGCAACGGUGGUAGAACGGGUUUCCGAUUCUCAACCCUAGGCGGUUAGGCGUCCAUCCCUGUCGUCGCUAUCCUGGGAUUUGCCUUGGCUUCUCCCACUUUCCCAUUCUGUGAAAGGAAUUCCUAUCCGCAAAGCCUGAGCGCCCCCGUGCGGAGCGGCCGUGCGCCUCCGUCGUCCUCCUCGUCCUCGUUUCUUCCACCCCGCGGCCAUCAGCCAAUCCACCACGGCCGUGCCAGCCAGGCGAAAAGGCCGCCUCCUUUCCUUUCCCUUUCCCAGCCAGCCUUUGACCGCAGAAUUCCCGCUCCAACCUUCCCUUCCAGCCGAGCGAGCCCCGUGGCAUAAAUAUACCUCUUCUGAAUACCAUCCGCGUCAAAGGGGAGAGGGAGAGGCGAGCUCCAGCUCCCCGCGAGCCUCAGCCCUCUGGAGACCUGCGCGGUAGCGGCGGCUGCUAGUGCUACAGGCCGGCCGGGGAGCAAUGGCGGCGGAGUCGCUGUCCAGUUUCUUGGACAUCCGCGCGGCGGCGCCGUUCCUGGUGGCGGCGGUGGCCUUCUACUUCCUGGUGGAGCAGCUGUCCUACCACCGCAAGAAGGGCCCCCUGCCGGGCCCGCCGCUCGUCGUGCCGUUCCUCGGGAGCGUCGCCCACAUGAUCCGCGACCCGACGGGGUACUGGGACGGGCAGGCGGCGCGCGCCAAGAAGUCCGGCGCGGGGCUCGCGGCGGACUUCCUAGUGGGGCGGUUCAUCGUGUUCAUCCGCGACUCGGAGCUGUCCCACCGCGUGUUCGCCAACGUCCGCCCCGACGCGUUCCACCUCAUCGGCCACCCCUUCGGCAAGAAGCUCUUCGGGGACCACAACCUCAUCUACAUGUUCGGCGAGGACCACAAGGACCUGCGCCGCCGGAUCGCGCCCAACUUCACCCCGCGCGCGCUCUCCACCUACGCCGCCCUCCAGCAGCGGGUCAUCCUGGCGCACCUCCGGCGGUGGCUCGACCGGAGCGCCGCCGAGGGCGGUAGGGCCUUCCCAAUACGGGUGCCCUGCCGCGACAUGAACCUGGAGACCUCGCAGACGGUGUUCGCGGGGCCGUACCUGAGCGAGGAGGCGCGGCGGCGGUUCGCGAGCGACUACAACCUCUUCAACGUCGGGCUGAUGGCGAUGCCCGUGGACCUGCCGGGGUUCGCGUUCCGGCGCGCGCGGCAGGGGGUGGCGCGGCUGGUGCGCACGCUGGGCGAGUGCGCGCGGGAGAGCAAGGCGCGCAUGCGCGCCGGCGUCGAGCCCGAGUGCCUGGUGGACUUCUGGAUGCAGGACACGCUGCGGGAGAUGGAGGAGGCCGCAUCGGCGGGGCGCCCGCCACCUGCGCACACCGACGACGAGGAGAUCGGCGGGUUCAUGUUCGACUUCCUCUUCGCGGCGCAGGACGCAUCCACCUCAUCGCUCUGCUGGGCCGUCUCGGCGCUGGACUCCCACCCGGACGUGCUCGCCCGCGUGCGCACCGAGGUGGCCGCGGCCUGGUCGCCGGAGUCGGGCGAGCCCAUUACCGCGGAGAAGAUCCAGGAGAUGCGGUACACCCAGGCGGUGGCGCGCGAGGUCGUCCGGCACCGGCCGCCGGCGACGCUGGUGCCGCACAUCGCGGGGGAGCCGUUCCAGCUGACGGAGUGGUACACGGUGCCCAAGGGCGCCAUCGUGUUCCCGUCGGUGUACGAGUCGUCGUUCCAGGGGUUCCCGGAGCCCGACGCGUUCGACCCGGAGCGCUUCUUCUCCGAGUCCCGGCGGGAGGACGUGGCGUUCAAGCGCAACUUCCUGGCGUUCGGCGCCGGGCCGCACCAGUGCGUGGGGCAGCGGUACGCGCUCAACCACCUGGUGCUGUUCAUGGCGCUGUUCGUAUCGGUGGUGGACUUCCGGCGGGAGAGGACGCCGGGGUGCGACGACCCCGUGUACAUGCCGACCAUCGUGCCCAAGGACGGCUGCGCCGUGUACCUCAAGCAGCGCUGCGCCAAGUUCCCGUCCUUCUGAGUUCCGAGCCGUAGGCAGGCAGGUCCCCUUGUCCUCUUGCUCCUCUUGCCCCUGCUGCCUGCCAUUCCGUGUCUCUCCAUUUUUCUUUUCGAUUCCUUGGCGGGGCAGGUCGUGUCCGUCGCUGGUGAUGAUGAUUUGUAGGUUGUGGUGUUGGCUUGCUCGUGUCUGAUCUGUGGCGGGGACACUCCAUUCAAUUAUUUUGUUGGCAAUUGGGUUAGGUUUGGUUGGGUUGGGACUGUAGCUUUGCUCUGCUCUACUAGUGCUCUGCUCCGCUCGGGGUCCCUGUCUGUCCAGUGCAGACUCCACACCCCAGAGGUGGAAGGAGAUACUAGCACAAGCACCGCACUGUGUGGAUGAAUAGUACAACAACUGGGUUGGUGACUGCAUGUGCGGUGUACUGUUGGCUGGUGAGCGGAGCUGGCGCGUAUAUCUGGCAAUGAUGGUCGAUGAAUUUGGCAACAAAAAUAGGUAUCGUAUGUGGACUGUGUACGCGCGCACUGUUCCUUUCAUCGUUUCGUGCUUGCUGCUUCUGCUUGGAUUUCGUGGAGUGUAUGGAAAGCUGGAAGCUUCCAGUUAGCGUCCACUGCUUGCGGUUAAACUGCGUGAAAAUGGCCCGUAGUUUGUUCUGUUUAUGGCACGUUUGACCAGGCCAAAUAUGCUGUUGCUUCUUCCUUAGCUUA